AUGGACGAUGAAGCAAAACAUGAUGUGUCAAGCGAAACAGACCACUAUCAAUAUAUGAGACGAGCAUUAGAGCUUGCUCAAGAAGCAUACGAAAGUCAGGAGGUGCCAGUUGGCUGUGUAUUUGUUCAUAAUAAUGAAAUCAUUGGUUUCGGUCGCAAUAAAACAAAUGAGGCACUUAAUGGGACUCGCCACGCGGAAUUUGAAGCAAUUGACGUGAUCUUAUCUUCUGGUAAAUACACGUCUGAUGUGUUCAAAGAGUGUUCUUUGUAUGUUACCGUGGAACCUUGUGUCAUGUGUGCUUAUGCGUUGAGACAACUAGGCAUUAAACAAGUAUAUUAUGGGUGUGCAAAUGAACGAUUUGGUGGAACUGGAUCCGUGUUUAACAUUCAUGAAGACACAAACCUAUCACUCCACUCUCAAUACCCUUCGAUAGGAGGAUAUUAUAGGGAGGAGGCAAUAAUGUUAUUAAGAAAGUUUUACGUUCGAGAAAAUGACAAUGCUCCUAAACCUAAAAGGAAGCACCAACGAGUCUUAAAAACAACAAUCAAGCCACCAAAAUAA